AAAAAACAUAGCAUCUUCACCUUUCAAUUUCAUCACCGUUCCACCUCCCGGCAUGGCCACCGCAGCAGCGCAGCCUCCGUCACCGAUGCUUUACAUUGGCAGGAUUGCACCAACUGUGGACAAUGAGUUCAUGCUUUCUCUCCUUCAAUUGUGUGGAAAUAUCAAGAGUUGGAAGCGUCCUCAAGAUGUAUCCACUGGAACUCCUAAAAGUUUUGGGUUCUAUGAAUUUGAGUCUGCUGAAGGGGUUCUUCGCGCUAUGCGUCUCCUUUCUAAAUUGAAUGUUGAUGGGCAACAACUAUUGGUCAACGUGAAUGAAGCUGUGAAACAAUAUCUGGAGCAGUAUGUUCAAAGAAAGACUGAGAACUCGAAUAAAAAGGAAACUCAGACAGCAGGAGAUGAAAUAGACGAUAAAGGUGCAAACUUUGGGAUUGUCACGGAUGAAGAUAGGGAAGCUGAUCGAGAUGCUUUAGAAAAAAUCACGAAGAUGAUCGAGGAGAGGUUGAAGACAAGAGUAGUAUAAGUCUCAAUUCUAAAUUGAGACUUCAAAGCUCAUUUAGAUAUAUAAUUGUUUAGUUUCUAGAUUACUAGGAAUCUUUAUGUUAUUUUUAUUAAUUGCAUUCUAUAUACUCUAUUUGCUACGAUGUGAGCACGGGUCAUCCAUAAAUUUAAGAAGAAGAUGUUAAUAUAAAUAUUGUACUUCUCUUU